AUGAUGAAGGAGAAGAAUAUAAGUUUUGAAGGCUAUUUUGUUCUCUUGGGAUUUUCUCGUUGGCCUCAUUUAGAAGUAGUUCUCUUUGUGGUCAUCUUGAUAUUCUACUUGGUGACAUUGGUAGGAAACCUGUUUAUUAUUAUCUUGUCCUACCUAGACUCCCACCUCCACACUCCCAUGUACUUCUUCCUCUCAAAUCUCUCUUUCCUGGAUCUCUGUUACACUACCAGCUCCAUCCCGCAGUUGCUCUUCAACCUCUGGGGCCCAGAGAAGACCAUUUCAUAUGCUGGUUGCAUGAUUCAACUUUACCUUGUCCUUGCGCUGGGAUCCACUGAGUGUGUUCUGCUGGUGGUGAUGUCCUAUGACCGCUAUGCAGCUGUAUGCAGACCUUUGCAUUACAAUGUCGUCAUGCACCCUCGUUUUUGCCAAUUGUUGGCUGUGGCUACUUGGGUAAGUGGCUUCACUGCUUCAGCACUUCAUUCAUCCUUCACCUUCUGGGUACCCUUGUGUGGGCAUCAUCAAGUGGACCACUUUUUCUGUGAAGUUCCAGCACUACUGAGAUUGUCCUGUGUGGACACCCGAGCCAAUGAGCUAACACUUAUGGUCAUGAGCUCUGUUUUUGUUAUCUUACCACUAGUUCUCAUCCUCAGCUCCUACGGCGCCAUUGCUAGGACUGUGUUGAAGAUGCAAUCAAUAACUGGACUUCAGAAGGUCUUUAGGACCUGUGGAGCUCAUCUUAUGGUUGUUGGUCUCUUCUUUAUCCCAGUCAUGUGCAUAUAUCUCCAACCACCAUCAGGAAAGUCUCAAAAUCAAGGAAAAUUCAUUGCCCUCUUUUACACAGUUGUCACACCCAGCCUCAACCCUCUCAUCUACACUCUCAGAAACAAAGAUGUAAGAGGGGCAGUGAAGAGACUGAUGGGGUGGGAGAGGGAGGUAUGA